UGAUAAUGCAAAUACUGAAUAAUUUACUGUUUGCCUUGUGCUGUUGACCAGUACAAUGUAAAUGCAGUUGCAACACUUGUUUCCUAUCAGUUUUGUGUUUAAUCUGAUCUCACAGUUCUCUCAGUGCCAGUAUUUGCAGUGUGGGAUGAGCUGCCUUGUGUUAAGAUGGUGCCCUCAAGCUCCUUUACUAAAGCAAGAAAAUGUAUAAAUUGAUGCCAAUGUACUUUCCUAUAAUUUUUGCACUGUGUGUAGUAUGAGGAUUAUUUUUUUCAAAACUAAUAAAGGUUUUUGUGGCAUUUUACCUGGACAGGAGGGGAAAGCAGACAGAUGCAUGUGAGUGCCCCAUGGCUGCAGCUGCCUCAGUUCAUUCACUUACUGCCAAGUGUAACUUGGAAGCAUUCUUUAGGUCGGUUCAUCUUCUGGAACCCGUCCCUGCCUUCUGGUUAAGGACUCCAUGCACACACACAGGAUGACUCAACAGUGGGAUGGAUGUUCAGAUACCAGAAAGGUGCUGGUAACUUGACAGGAACCUCCACAUUCUUUGGGAGCCCUGCUGUGCGUGAGCCCUUCCAGGAAACUGCCGUUUGAACACAUCGGAUCGUUACAGCCCCUGAAACUUCCACGAUGAAGAGAGCUGGGCAGAGAGUUGUGGUUGGAACUGAAGCUCCUCACACAUCACAGACAAGCAAAAAACAGAAAACUAGUUCAUAUGGCUCAGUGUUUGGUGAAUCUGCCCUAUGCACCUCGAUGGACUGGGGCAGCCUCCCCCACCACGUGAUCCUGCGUGUUUUCCAGUUCCUCACUCUGGUGGAUCGAGCCAGGGCGUCUUCUGUUUGCCGAAGGUGGAAUGAGGUUUUUCACAUCCCAGAUCUCUGGAGGAGAUUUGAAUUUGAACUCAGCCAGCCAGCCACUUCUUACUUAAAGUCUACCCACCCAGACCUCAUUCAGCAGAUUAUCAAGAGGCACGCUGAUCACCUGCAGUACGUCAGCUUCAAGGUUGAUAGUAGUACUGAGUCAGCAGAAGCAGCUUGUGACAUCCUUUCUCAGCUGGUGAAUUGUUCAAUCAAGACACUGGGUUUAAUCUCUACAGCAAAGCCAAGCUUCAUGAAUGUCUCUAAGGCUCAUUUUGCUUCAGCACUGACAGUAGUUUUUGUAAACUCCAAGUCAUUAUCAUCAAUCAAGAUAGAUGACACACCAGUUGAUGAUCCUUCCCUGAAGGUUCUUGUUGCUAACAACAGUGACACUCUAAAACUGCUAAAAAUGAGCAGCUGUCCUCACGUUUCACCUGCUGGCAUUCUUUGUGUCGCUGAUCAGUGCCACGGACUUAAGGAGCUGGCUUUGAACUACUACAUCUUAAGUGAUGAGCUUCUGCUGGCUCUGUCGAGCGAGAAGCACGUCGACCUCGAGCACCUUCGCAUCGACGUCGUGAGCGAGAACCCCGGGCAGGUGGAAUUCCACACCAUCAAAAAGCAAAGCUGGGACGCUCUGGUCAAGCACUCCCCCAAAGUGAACAUCGUGAUGUACUUCUUCCUCUACGAGGACGAGUUUGACGUGUUCUUCCGGGAGGAGACGCCGGUCACACACCUGUACUUCGGGCGCGCCGUCAGCAAAGCGCUGCUGGGCCGCAUCGGCAUCAACUGCCCGCGGCUCAUCGAGCUGGUCGUGUGCGCCAACGGGCUGCAGCCCCUGGAUGCUGAGCUCAUCCAGAUCGCCCAGCGCUGCAAGAACCUCACGGCCAUGGGCCUGGGGGAGUGCGAGGUGACCUGCAGGGGCUUCGUGGAGUUUGUGAAGGUGUGUGGGGGCAGGCUCACCCAGCUGUCCAUCAUGGAGGAGGUGCUGAUCCCAGACAGCGAUUACAGCUUGGACCGGCUGCAUUUGGAGGUCUCCAAGCACCUCGGCAGGAUGUGGUUUCCUGAUAUGAUGCCAACGUGGUAAAUUCUCUCUCCGUUUGUGGAUAAAGGGGUGAAAUCAGGGUGUUGCUUUCUAUGCAAAUAAGGAAUUUCAAAAGGAAAUGUGAAAACUUACUUCCAGAUUUGAGUUUUUCUACCUUGAGAACCUCUGGUAGACUAACAGCAAAACACUCUAGAAUAUUAAUUGUAUAUUGAAAUAGAAGAUAGAUUAAAGUGUACUUAACAGUUCUGUGGUUUACAGGUGCUUCAAACUUCAGUGAACUUGGGCUUCUCUGAACUUCAGUUUGAAUGUUCUGUUCACUUUA